UCUUGCUCUUUUCAGAUUGGUCUAUCAAACACAAAAAGCAUUUUAAAAACAUGGCAAAGGACUAAAGAAAAUAAUUGGUGGUUCCAAAGAGAGGGAAAAGAUAUUUGCAGAUCAUUGGAAUAUGUUGACAGCUGAAAGUGAAGAUUUUGUGGUACAGAACUUUGCAAGCUUCCUGAAAUAAUAUGAAGAGCUGUCUGGUCUUUAUUAUUCCAUUUCUUCUUCUGAUAUCUUGUCCUUCCCUAAAUGGUCAAAGGGUGCCACCCAUAGUUGAUCUUACUGAUGCUAUUUUAAUUGAAGACUGCCGACCACCACCAAUAAGAGACCAUGAAGAACUUGCAGACAUAUCAGACAAAAAGUCCUAUUCGCACGGGGAUGAAGUAAUUUACAAUUGCCAGCCUGGGUAUAUAAAAUUUGGGCGCAUAAAAUUGCGGUGUAACAAUGGGAAAUGGGUACAAUCCACACCACAUGUGCAAUGCAGAAAAAGGCCUUGUGGACAUCCUGGACAUAUCAAAUUUGGCUCUUUAGAACUUGUUAAUGGAGACGAAUUUGUCUUUGGUGCUCGUGUCGUGUAUCGGUGCAAUGAAGGGUUUCAAAUGCUCAGUCCUACAGACUACCGUGACUGUCGUGCAGAUGGAUGGAGCAAUGAGGUCCCUCGUUGUGAAGCAAAGAACUGUGCCUAUGUCCGAAUAGAGAAUGGAUUCCUAGCUAGCAAGUAUGAACACUCUAAAAACAACUACUUUCCAAGCAGCAUUGGACAAGUGAUUUCCUACAGUUGCCAUCCUGGUUUCCUGACCCCAAAUAAAGAAGAAUGGCCUAGAAUUACAUGCACCAAAUUUGGAUGGAAUCCAGAACCGAAAUGCCUCAAGCAAUGUGACCCUUCAGUACCCUUUGCACAUGGUAGAUUCAUUUUCCUAAAUCAGCAGACCUUCAGAGAAGGUGAAGAAAUUUCAUUUUCUUGUGAUGAGGGUGAUGAUACUCCAAAUGCAGAAGGAACAGCCACGUGCACAAAAAAUGGCUGGUCGCCUGCUCCACGUUGCGCCAUGAAAACAAUAUGUGAAGGUCUCCUGUUGGAGCAUGGGGAUAUUCAGCCAAGAAAAGACCAGUAUCAACCCAACGAUGUUUUGCAAUUUUUCUGUCAUGAAGGAUUCACAAUAGUUGGUCCUGCUUCUGCCCAGUGUUAUCCCUUUGGCUGGUCUCCACUGCCUCCCCGCUGUAAAGAACAAGUCAAGCACUGUAAGGCACCAGCCAACAUUAGGAAUGGCAGUAUUGUUGAUGAUCUUCUUGAAGAAUACCAGCAUGGUGACCAAGUGGAAUACGAGUGUAACAUCAAAUUUGUGAUGACUGGAUCAAAGAUAAUAGAGUGUGUUGAUGGAAAAUGGACACCAGUACCUUCUUGUACAUUAGAGGAAAAGAAAUGUGGUCCACCACCCAGUAUUCCAAAUGGACAUGCAGCUGGAACAGUCAGAGAAGAAUAUAUUCAUGGUGAGGAUGUGGAAUAUGAAUGUGAAGAAAACUUUGUCAUCGUUCAGACCAGCUUAGCCAGGUGUCUUCAUGGACUUUGGGAAUUACCUAGAUGUGCAGAUUUUUCAACAAAAUGUGCACGUCCAAAGAUGCCUAAGAAUGCAACUUUUGCAUCAGCUGUUCCUCUGAAAAGUCAGUAUGACAACAAUGAUGUCCUCAGCUACAUCUGUGAUUCCAGGCUUCGUGAAGCUAAAUGCAUCGAGGGAGAAUGGUUACCCAAACCGGAAUGCAAAGACCUCUGCCCGCCUCCACCCCAGAUUCCUAAUGCCAUUGAUGUAGCUGAGCCGAGAACCUACGAAAGUGGUGAACAGAUAAAUUUCCUGUGUGAGAAGCUUUUUGUGCUUCAAGGGCCACAGAACAUAUCGUGCGAGGAUGGCAAGUGGCAAUUGCCCCCGCGCUGUGUUGAUGUAUCAACUGUCACCGUGCAGCACAGCACAGACUUUCCCAUUGCUCCUGGAAGCCAGAGCAACCCCAUGCCUGCGACAAGUGAUGGCAUUAGCAGCAGAGACCUUUUAGAUUUCUUACACACUAUCCAUGCCGCAGUAAGAUCACUCGAGAGGCGCAUGGCUGUGCUUGAGCAGGAGCUGCAGGAGCUAAAGAGAGAGAGAAUGAAGACUAAGUAGCAAACCACCUGCAUUCUAGAAGCCAGUCGUGAAGAAUGGAAGGAGAACGUAAACAAGAACAUCAGAUCAUUGUCAUGUGGCACACUGUUCCUUUUCUUUUACUAAAGACUUCUUGAAAACUCAUUGUGAAUUGUUUGCAAGGCACUUUAGGGCAAAGUCCCUUGCCCUUCUAGCAGUGCUGUCUUUCUACCAUGAACGCCUCCCUUGUAAUGGCAAUGGUGUCCACCUGCAAGGUGCCAGAACUGAAAAAAGCCCUGCUUUCUAGCAAUCCCAGUGCCACAUCCCCACCUGCUACAGUCCCCAGUGAGGUGCCCAGAUGCUGCUUCAACUUCUUGGGGUCAUUUUCAGUUGAUGCAGCCUAAUGACAUAGACAGGGACACGGGUGGCGCUGUGGGUUAAACCACAGAGCCUAGGACUUGCUGAUCAGAAGGUUGGCGGUUCGAAUCCCCGCGGCGGGGUGAGCUCCCGUCACUCGGUCCCUGCUCCUGCCAACCUAGCAGUUCAAAAGCACGUGAAAGUGCAAGUAGAUAAAUAGGUACCGCUCCGGCGGGAAGGUAAACGGUGUUUCCGUGCGCUGCUCUGGUUUGCCAGAAGCGGCUUAGUCAUGCUGGCCACAUGACCCGGAAGCUGUAUGCCGGCUCCCUCGGCCAAUAAAGCGAUAUGAGCACCGCAACCCCAGAGUCGGUCACGACUGGACCUAAUGGUCAGGGGUCCCUUUACCUUUACCUUUAAUGACAUAGACAAGGUCCUCGUGGAGAUGCAGAUAGCAACAUGUCUGCUCAAACCUUGCUGCUCACGGCUUACUAAAGCUUGCUAAGGGGGCAUGGCUGAGCAGGUAGUAUUACAUGGUUCUGCUCUUAACUGCCUGGUUGCUACCAAAAUGCAGUACAAGGAGAUGGUUGCGUUGUUCUGUGGCUUUUAAGCUGUGAGGUCCUGUAAGAAUCCAUUCUGUAUCCUAUGAAAGUCAAUAUCAAUAUGAGACUGCAGGGAGAUACCAUCCAGGAUUUUGGUGCAUGGUGUCAUCAAUAUGCAGAUACAGAUAACUCUCAUAUUCCAUUCCAUCAGAAUCAAGCGAUGUUGGGAAAGUGUUUGACUGAUGGGCAGGAUGGGUGCCAAUAGUAGGGCUGCCAUAUGUCCUCUUUUUCCAGGACAAGUCCUCUUUUUCAUGAUGAGACUCUCCAGAGAGAGUCAUAGUUAAAUGUGUCCUCUUUUUUUGCUCUUCAAAAUAUGGCAACCCUACAAUAAAGAGAAGCUUUAUCCUGAUAAGACAGAGGUGCUGAGGGUGGUGCUUUCUUGUCCAGGAAGUAGUCAUGCAGCUUGUUCCGCCUUCCUCCUUUCCCUCUUAAAUACCUUGCAAGCUUUGCCACAACAGCGCAAUUGUACAGCCUCUCUGCUCAUUCUGAUUUUUGCCUUUUCCUGGCAUCUAGCAUAAAACAAUCUUACUGCAUAUAGCAUAUUCGUCCUCUUUGUUGCACUGGGAGCUUUGUAAUAUGGCUUAAUAAAAAGAAAGGCAGGAUCCAGAUCUAAUUGUGUGCAUAUUAAUCUCCCUAUUCUGUUUCUUAUUUGAGACCAA